AUGAAAAGUGUACAUUCAAUAGCUUCGAAAGGAUUCACUUUACAAUCCAAUCUUUAUGAGCUUAUUCCUAAACAAGCUAACGUGAUCGACUUGGCUGCUGGUACGGGUAUCAUGACCAAGUUAUUAGUUGACUCUGGAUAUCAAAACCUCAUUGCUGUAGAGCCUGUUGAAAAUAUGCGAUACGAAUUACAUCGUCUCUUGCCUCAUAUUCCUUGUCUCGAAGGUACUGCUUGGAAAAUCCCUGUCGAUCAUGACUCUCAAGACGGUAUUGUGGUUGCACAGGCAUUCCAUUGGUUUGAUGAUUUGCCAGCAUUAAGAGAAUUUCAUCGUAUUCUUCGUUCAGGUGGACACGGUGUUUUAGUAUGGAAUUUAGAAAGUGCUCAAAGAAGUGAAUGGGUUGCUAAACUUCGAAACUGUUAUGAAGUAUUUGAUAAAGAUAUACCUCAAUUCCGUAAAAUGGGGUGGCGUAAAGUAUUUGACACAGAAGAAGCUAAUUCAUUAUUUAAAUUACCUAUCCAGCAAUGUGAACUAUUCAAAAACGAUUUCUGGGUUCCAAAAGAUCAUGUAUGGAAAAGAAUAUUGAGUAAGAGUUAUAUCUCUUGUCUUGAUAAAGCACAACAAGACGAACUAGAAAUCAAAGUAAAUGAAAUCAUGAAAGAUGUUCCAACAGAUGAUCUGGGCAGAGUCUUUUAUCCCCAUGAUACUUAUCUAUUUUACUUUGAAAAGAAAUAA